AUGGUUCAGCAUAAAAUCGGAUAUAAUCUCAAACCUGGAAAAUACAAGCUCGCAAAGGGAUAUGAUUUAAUAGCAUAUCAUCCAAAUGACAUGAAUGAAUUUACUCCGAGAUAUUUGAUGUCAGAGCUAAAUGAUAAUUCAACUCUCUUCAUGAAACGCGUAAAAAAUAGAGACGGAACGAAAGAAGAAAGGUUUAUGAGUCCGGAUGACUUAGAUAGGGAACUUGUUAAAAACGGUCUCGGAAUAUAUGAAAUGCCAGCAGAUGAGGUACAAGAAACUCCACAGGAAGAAGUUCAGAUACAACCAGACAUGGAAGAAAUAGUUCAGCAACAACAGCUAAAAGAGCCUGAAGGUGUAAUGCAUGAAAAAUAG